CUCGGCUCCGCACCGAGAAACAGAGAAUUCUUUCGUAGUAUAGUGGUUAGUAUGCAAGCUUGUCAUCGCCAUCCUUGGAAGCAGCAACGCUUGAGACCCGGGUUCAAUUCCCGGCGAGAGAGAAGAAUUUGCAUCGCACCUUUUUGGCAGUAUUUUUUUGCUCUUUUGACUGCCCAGGUGGCUGGCACGACGCGCCAUCGCGAGGGCCGUGUGUCGUAUCUGAAUGGCUCAGGAGAUGACUGCCGUGGAAGAUGAACCCUCCCGCGGAGGCCGACAGGGGUCACAAGCCGAGGCAAAGCUGACUUGCACGGCCUGCCAAUGCUGCCCCGUGGGGGGGCCAUAAGCCCCUCCAUCCAUCCAUCCAUCCAUAGUACACGGCAUGUCAGACUGUCAGACUGUGUCCCACUGCCUCGCGGGCCGACCCCGUCCUUGAAAGGUAAGUACUUGUUCUGCCUGCCUUUUAUAUGGUCACCGUCCUGGGCCACGACAGAGCACUUGAGGCGACACAGCAGAAACAUGGCCCCCCGCCACGGUCAAGAGCCCGUCGUCAUCGUCGGGGCCGGUCUUGCCGGGCUCGUCGCCGCAUUUGAGCUGACGCGCAAUCAUGUGCCGGUUGUCAUUGUCGACCAGGAAAACGAGGGCAGUCUCGGCGGGCAGGCCUUCUGGUCCCUCGGCGGCAUCUUCUGCGUAGACUCGACCGAGCAGCGGAGGAUGGGCAUCAAGGACUCGCGCGAGCUGGCAAUGCGGGAUUGGUUCAACUCGGCCCGCUUCGAUCGCGACAAGGAUGACUUCUGGCCCCGCCAGUGGGCCGAGGCCUUUGUCAACUUUGCUACCGACCACAUGGAGGCUUAUCUGAAGGCCAGGGGCAUGGGCUUCCUCCCAAACGUCGGCUGGGCCGAGAGGGGUGACGGCACAGCUGGCGGCCACGGCAAUUCCGUCCCCCGCUUCCAUCUGACCUGGGGCACUGGGCCCGAGGUCGUGAGGGUGUUUGCUGAGCCCGUCAAGGCCAAGGCCAAGGAGGGCUUCGUCGACUUCAGGUUCCGCCACAGGGUCGACGAGCUCAUCAUCGACCAAGCCACCGGCAGGGCCGUCGGCGUCAGGGGGUCCACCUUGGACCCGGACCACUCCCCUCGUGGCGUCAAGACAAACAGGAACGAGUCCGGCCCUUUCGAGAUCUAUGGCUCUGCUGUGGUCCUAUCCUCCGGCGGCAUUGGAGGCAACGUCGACGCGGUCAAGGCAUCGUGGCCCAGGGACCGACUUGGCCCAAAGGUCCCCGAGCACUUUGUCGUGGGCGUUCCCGCUCACGUCGACGGUCGCAUCAUUGGCAUAGCCGAGACGGCUGGGGCCAGCGUGGUCAACAGGGACAGAAUGUGGCACUAUACCGAGGGCCUGGCCAAUUGGGAUCCAAUCUGGCCAGAUCACGGGAUCAGGGUCCUCCCAGCACCCUCAUCUCUAUGGCUUGAUGCCACCGGGAAGCGGCUGCCUCCCUUCCUGUUCCCGGGGACUGACACGCUCGCCACUCUCAAAUAUAUCUGCAGCACAGGCUAUGACUACACCUGGUUCAUCCUCACCCAGUCUAUAAUCGCCAGGGAGUUUGCCCUGUCCGGGUCCGAGCAGAACCCGGACAUCACCGGCAAGUCUUGGUGGCAGCUUCUGACGCGGGUAUUUGGGAAGAAGGGCACAGUACCCGUGCAAAACUUUCAAAAACAUGGGGUUGAUUUCAUCGUCAAGCACAAUCUGGAAGACCUGGUCGACGCCAUGAAUCAGCUUGCUGCAGACCGCGACGGCCCCCACCUCGAGUACAGUCAGAUCAAGGAUGUCGUCGAGACCCGCGACAGCCAAUUUCAUAAUUCCUAUUCAAAGGAUGCACAGGCUAUGCUGAUCCACAACGCGAGGAAUUACUGGCCCGACAGCAAAAGCCGCGUUGCCCCGCCGCAUCGGUUAUUGGAUCCCAAACAUGGCCCGCUGAUCGCGGUGCGAAUGAAUAUUCUCACACGCAAGACUCUGGGGGGGUUGGAAACUAAUCUUGCAAGCAAUGUGAUGAGGCCCAACGGUGAAACCUUCCCGGGCUUAUAUGCUGCUGGCGAGGCUGCCGGGUUCGGUGGUGGUGGAGUCCAUGGUUAUAACUCCCUCGAGGGCACAUUCCUCGGCGGCUGUAUCUUCUCUGGCAGGGCCGCGGGUGUCGCUAUCACCGAGGAGUUGAAGGGCCAAGUUCUCAACGCUAAGCUGUGACGGCCGACGAAGACCUGCGCCCCAUGUUCUUGUGGAAGGAUCUUGAUAUGAUUGAAAGGGUAGUUUCUGGGGCUGCUGCUGGAGAAAAGCUCACGCAAAUCAGGCACCGACGUCUCCACUAUGGCUAAAUUUGAUUCGACAAACAGAGCUGGUGAGGCGUAUCAAAUAUGUCAGGUCCGGCGGCGGCGGCCCGGAGAGAUUUUAAUAUCUUUUUAUAAGAAUCUUAAGAAUAAUAUGACUCAAUUACUUCG